AUGGCCCUGAGUCCAAUGAGUAGUCUGGUCCUCCGUGAAGACUCAAAGAUGACACCAAAUCUCAACUCCACUGGGGCCCCCGUGCUAGGCUCUGGCCCCAUACCUGGGCCCAACCCAAACAUGGCCCUUGUUCCUGCCUUGAAUCCACCCCAGGGUCCCAGCACAGCUCCUGUUCCAGACCUUAACCCAGCUCUGAGUCCUGUCUCAGAGGAGGCCCCUGGUCUGCUGUCUGAUGACACCCUCAGACCUGGUGACAACAGGACCUUGGUGCCAGCCUCCCUCCAGAUCACCAGCUCCCACUCCAGUGAGGCUCUGGGCCUGGAUUCGAGUCACAUCUCGAAGGCUGCCUCACUUGGGGCCCUCAGUCCAACCUCAGACCACGUGCUGAACCCUGGCUCUCCUGCAACCACUUGUCUGAGCUCGGGCAACCACUCUGGGUUAAAUUCUGAGGAGGCCUUCAUUUCCCUCUCCAGUAAGAUUUUGGACUUGGCUCAGGGUAACUCCAAUCCUUCCAGGCCUGAAUCAAAUCCAUUUUUAAAGCCCCUUUCACGAGAGGCACUGGUUCUGGGUCACGGCAUCUCCAGGCCGGGUUCAAAAGCUCUCCUUGUUCCAGCUUUAAGUUCUUCUCCAGAUUCUGGCUCCAAUCAGCUGCUCGGUGUGGGCUCAAGAAAUGUCUCCAGGCUGGAUGUGAAUGUGGCUCCAGAUUCUUUUGGGACAGUAAUCCCAGACACGAACGAGACCAUCCUUUUGGCUUCACGUAACAACUCUGGGUCUGUUUCGAAAGGAGCCUUUGGUACAACCUGGAACACCAGCUCUGUGGGGACCGUGAAUGUGGCUUCAAACGGCCAACCCAGAUCUGAUUUGAAUGUGACCCUCACUCAGGCCUCAUUUGUGACCGUGAUUCCCGGCUCCACCGAUGUCAUCAGCCAGCACUCCAGCAGCCACGUACCCCCCUCCACCCUCUCUCCAGCCUCAUGCAUGACCUUGAUCCUGGGCUCCGAUGAGACCCUGAGCCUGGGCUCCAGCCUCCUCUUCAGUGAUACCUCCACCUUGACACUGAGCAGCCAGCAGGACUAUUCUGAGGACAACAGCAUCCGUACCAUGACCCCACAGGAAAACCUGGGUGGCUGGAGCGAGAUGGCUGGGGUUGAGGGGUCCAAGUCCCCACGGGGGUUCUCCACCUCCAACAGGAAUGACAAGGACACCACGGCCUUCCAAAGCAUCUCUGAGGGAGGCUUCAGUGACGUGGCCACAUGCCUGGCGAAGGUGCCAGUGAUGAAAGAGGAUGGAGGCAAAAUGGCUCUGGUCGAGAAUGGUGUCACCCUCCAGAAGAGCCAGGCUCUGCUGGACCCAGAAGGAGAGAAGAAGACCAUGAUGAAGAAGAUGAUGAGACAGAUUCAGGAGGAGCCGCUGGAUUCCCUCUCGAGCUCUGUCCGCCGGCAGGCCAUGGAGACCCUGACCCAGCUGAGUUACACCCAGCCAGUCCUGGGCGUGCGGGAGAAGUCAGAGCUGGUGAACACCUGUUUGAAGAGUGUGUUCUCCCUGCCCCCUGUGCAGGCCAUGCAGGAGAAACACGAGGCCAAGGCUGAGGACAUUCAGACACUUUACCACCAGACCCUGGAUGCCCUGCAGACACUGCUCAACGCCCUCUUUGUUGAGGACCCCACUCCUGCUGGGCUGAAGAGCAUCUUGGAGCCCCUGGGACCCUGGAUGAACUCUGGGAAGGCUCAUGAGCGAGCACGGGCUGUGAACAGCAAUGUCUCCUUGUUGAACCACACACUUCUGACCCUGCCCUUUUUUAUGUCCUCGGGGUUCCCAACACUGGGGCUUCUUCUGGGGAGGCUCAUCCUUCGCAUCGGGGAUCCUGAUGAGGAGAUUGGCCGGGAAGCUCUAGAUGGCAUCACCAUCCUUUACACCAUCCUGGAGCUCCAAAAGCGAGCCAGAGAUAAGGAGGAGACCAACAAGAAGGAGCUCUAUGAGAGCAACAAGCGUUUCCUGGGGCCCUACAACCCUGUCAGCCCGUGCCAGAACAUCCUGCGAGUGAUUGCGGAAUUUGGAGACUUCCUGGGGCCCCAGCAGGUAAAGGACCUGCUGCUGGCAGCCCUGGAAGGGCUGAAGGAUGGCUCAGAGGCUCGGGGCAAGGACUCGGGGGAGAUGAUGCAGCUGGCCUCAGAAGUCACGCUCAGCUCGGUGCUGGAGUGGUACCGGCACAGGGCACUGGAGGUGAUCCCAGAAAUCAUGCAGGGCAUCUAUGUGCAGCUGAGCCACAUCCGGGAGCCGCGGGCCCGCGAGGUGGCCCUGCUGCCUGUCUCCCUCCUGGCCAGCUCCUUCAUGACCGAGGUGGUGGUGGCCCUGCUCAUGUGUCCCCUCCCGCUGGACAGCAAUGGAGCAGAGAUGUGGAGGCAGCUGAUUCUGCGCAAGCCCAGCUGCGAUGUCCGAGACCUCCUGGACCUGCUCCUGAUGAGUCUCAAGGAGAAGCCCGUCACUAAGAAGGGCCAGGCCUCCAUUGUGCCCCUAGCAUCAGCCAGUGGCCUCUGCGAGCUCCUGUCCGUCAACAGCUGCGUGGCGCGGCGCAUCUACCCCCAGCUGCUCCUGGCCCUGCUCAUUCAGGUCCAUUACCACAUUGGCCUCAACCUGCCUGGCCGCGUGGCUGCCUGCAAGGACUCCAAGAAGGACGCACAGCCCCCCGUCUUCGUACCUGUCCGCUGGGUGGUGAAAGUGGUGAAAACCCUGCUGCUGAAGAUGGGCUGCUCCUACGAGGCCACCUUUCUGGAGGACCAGGGUGGCUGGGAGCUCAUGGGACAGGCCGAGAACCACCACCGUGGAGUGUCUCUGCUGGCCAGGGCCAUGGUGCACUACUCCUGCCAAGAGCUGUGCCGCAUCCUCUACCUGCUCAUCCCGCUCCUGGAGCGAGGUGACGAGAAGCACAAGAUCACCGCCACCGCCUUCUUCGUGGAGCUCCUCCAGAUGGAACAGGUACGGCGGAUCCCGGAGGAGUACUCUCUGGGGCGCAUGGCGGAAGGCCUCAACCACCGAGACCCCAUCAUGAAGGUGCUGUGCAUCCGAGGCCUGGUCAUCCUGGCCCGAAGGACUGAGAAGACCGCCAAGGUGCAGGCCCUCCUGCCCUCCAUGGUGAAGGGCCUGAAGAGUGUGGAUGGGCUGCUGGUGGUGGAGGCUGCCCACAACCUCAAGACCAUCUUCAAGGGGCAGGACUGCAAGCUGAUGGACAGCUCCGUCUAUGUGGAGUUGCUGGAGGUCCUGCUACCCCACUUCAGUGACUCGCGAGAGGACGUGCGCUCCUCGUGCAUCAGCCUGUACGGGAAGGUGGUCCAGAAGCUGCGGUUGCCACACACACCGGCCAUGGAGGAGCAGCUGAUCAGCACCCUGGUGCCCCUUCUGCUGAUCAUCCAAGAGGGCAACACCACGGUGGGCCAGAAAUGUGUGAAGACUCUGUUCCACUGUUCUUGUUUCAUGACUUGGGAGUUGCCGAAAAGAGCUUAUAGCCGGAAGCCCUGGGACCACCAGCAGCAGACGGUGGCCAAAAUUUGCAAAUACCUUGUGAACACCCACCGAGACAAUGCCUUCAAAUUCCUCAGCCAGAGCCUGGAGUAUGCCAAGAACUCGCAAGCCUCCCUCCGAAAGUCCUCAGUCAUGUUCAUAGGGUCCCUGGUCCCCUGCAUGGAGAGCAUAAUGACAGAAGAUCAUCUAAAUGAAGUUAAAGCCACUCUGGAAAACCUGAGAUAUGACCCUGAAGCAUCAGUGUGCAUCUACGCAGCCCAGGCCCAGGACCACAUCCUGGCCAGCUGCUGGAGGAAUUCCUGGCCACUGCCGCACGGGGACACAUGGGUGUGUGACCCAGCUACCACACACCGCUGGAACCCUAGCUGUGAGAACCUGCCCACCUCCCACCAGCGGCACUCCUGGAUCAUGAAGGCACUGGGCUCCUGGAAGAUGUCCUUGAAGCAGUGAUGUCCCGAGCCCCCAGCCAUUCUCACUAUAAAUGCCAUGUGGCUUACUUCUCCCUCUUGAGUGUUGCCUCAUGGGAGAGGCCCCAGGGCAC